GGUUGGCAGAGGCGGCGAUACGAGGAGCCCUGAUCCGCUCCUUUGUGACGGAGAGGCGGCAGCAGAGAGAAAGAGAGCAGCAGCAGCAGCAGCAGCAGCGGCGGGAGCAGCGGAGUGGAGGAGGACUGUGCCGCACCCUUUCUACACCUCCCGGGACUCCACACAGUGCGGAUCACUGCGCACAGGUAACAACCGCGCAAACAACCGGAAGCAAUACCAAAGUCCCAACACAGGUGACGGACACUGUUCAGCAAGUCUGAGUUUUUGGGGACGAAGAGAAAAGAGCUGGAAUGGAUCCUCGAUAGAAGCAGAAAGAAAAGAAACAGUUGCUUUUUCUUUUUGCCCCCUCUGUUGGUUUUUCUUCACCUUGCGGUCAGAGGGCGUUCAAACCACCUCAGGUACGACAGCGCAUUGUUUCUCAACUCGACGCGGACUCUGAUCUGGAUAUACUUGACAAACGAGUUCACGCACGCGAGGAAAAGACUGAAGACGUGAAUCCAGUGUCCCAGACUGCCUCAGACUUCGAGCUGGGUCCCUCCCGUCCUCACCUGUCCAGCUGAUGGCAUGCUGAUCUCUAAACCACCAGAGAGGGCGAGUCUGAAUGGCGCCCUAGUUCUUCCCCUCUUCUUCCUGUCUUCAACGCUGCUCUCCUCUCCCUCUCCUUCCUCCUCCUCGGCUCCUCUCUGAUCGCACGCCCGCCACAUAUUUCACCAUGGAUACGGUGACUGAGGACAAAGAGGGAUGCUACUUAAACCGCUCUGUCAAAUUUUUCUACGAGGCAAGUGGCAAGAACAUCAGCGACUACUGGCGCAAACGUGAUUACGUGAUCGUCACGCUGGGCAUGACGGUCUGCUUCAUCGUCAUCUUUUCCAACCUUCUGGUCAUAGUGGCCAUUUUAAAAAACAAACGGUUUCACUUUCCCAUCUACUACCUGUUGGGUAAUCUGGCUUUGGCAGAUCUCUUCUCAGGUGUCUCCUACCUCCACUUGAUGUUUCACACCGGUCCCUGGACCAUUAAACUUUCUAAGUACCAGUGGUUUGUGCGGCAGGGGCUCAUCGACACCAGUCUGACAGCCUCGGUCCUCAACCUCCUGGCCGUGGCGGUGGAGCGUCACCAAACCAUCUUCAACAUGCAGCUGCACAGUAAGAUGAGCACCCGGCGGGUUUUCAUCAUCAUGCUGUUCAUCUGGCUGGUGGCAAUAAUCAUGGGCCUGGUUCCCACCAUGGGCUGGCACUGCCUUUGUGACCUGCCGAACUGCUCCACCAUGGCGCCGCUGUACAGCCGCAGUUACCUGGUGUUCUGGGCCGUCCUCAAUCUGCUGACCUUCUCCAUCAUGUUGGCCGUCUACACCCGGAUCUUUGUCUACGUCAGGCGCAAGAGCAAGCAGAUGUCGCAGCACACCUCUCAAAUGAGAUACAAAGAGACGGUGUUCAACCUGAUGAAGACUGUCUCCAUGAUCCUGGGCUGUUUUGUGAUCUGCUGGACGCCCGGCCUCGUCGUGCUCCUGCUCGACGGUCUGGGCUGUGAACAGUGCAAGGUGCUGCUCUACGAGAAGUACUUCCUGGUGCUGGCCGAGUGCAACUCCCUCGUCAACCCCAUCAUCUACUCCUUCAGGGACAAAGACAUGAGGAGCACCUUCAAGCAGAUCCUGUGCUGCCUGUGCCGGCGUGGCAGCAACCACCAGGGCAACUCUGGAGUUCAGUUUAGCACCCUGGAGCACGAGAAGUCUAAGUAUCGUUCUGCUGUGGUGAAAGAGAAGAGCAAUGGGGUGCCUCUCAUCGGCGAUGGCUCAGAAGACUUACCUGCCUCUUCAGAAAAACUGAACUCAAACAACGAUAAACUUUCAGCACACGAGGAAGACGUGCUUACACACAUUUGACAGCGAAAUAUACAGAUCUGUUUAUGCACACAUAAACAAACCUUAAGGCCCGUUCCUCCUCAACUGGCGGACUGUUGUGACAGGAUGAAAAACUAUAUAUUACUAUUGUAUAAAUAUAUAUAUAUAUAUUUACCUCUGCUGCCAGCGGACACUGCUUGUGUCUGAUACGGCUACGUUGGUCAUGGGGCAAAGAAGAAUUGAUUAACUUCAAAUAUCAGUUGGCCAGCACGAUGGGAUGAUGGACGUAUCUAAUCUAGUGGCUCAUUUGAGCUGCAUCCACUUCCAGCAGACAUAAGAAGGCAAACUCCCCAUCGCCGGGACGUUUAUACAACAUGGAGGACACUGACAUUUCCUGUUUGGACAUGAACAACCUGCCAGUUUUCCCCGUGGUGGUAGAAGAGGCAGCUGAACAACUGGAACAUGGCUGUCACAUAGUAGGAAUAUGUGCUCUGUGGAGCGGAGCAGCAAGUAAUAGGUCCUGCCACAGAUUGCCUAGUGUGUGUGUGUACACAUUUAAUUGGCAGUUUAUUAGCCACAGAAAUCAUUGCACAAAAGCCACUGAAGCUCAUAGAGGAGAUAUCACUCUAUACUCCAUACUUUAAUAAAGUGUGGUGUAUAUAUUUGGAUCUGUUAAUGAUGAAUUAAUCAUGGUUUAAUGCUUUAUUGAUUACUCAGAGGCCAUUAGGAGCAACAUUUGGGUUGCUAGGUUGUGAAAAAUGUGUAAGUUGCUCAGUGUUUUAAUACAGUUUGGCCACUCAAAGGUUCAGGCCAGUCACCUUUUUAAGACUCGUUCAUGUUGAAUUAUUAGAUUUUAUUGUUCACAUGAUUUAAUUGAAGACCUGAUGGAUCAUUACACUGAGCAAACUCUUAGGAAUUUACCACGUUUGUAACAGAGGAUGAACAACCACCUACAUUUGUCACAACCAAACAAAAGUUAUUCAUAAUAAUAUAAUGGUUUAUUACUGAUCUAAAAGUAUUAUUGAAUAAUUUAUUAACAUUAACAAAGCCUUCAUUAGAAUUUAUUAAGACAUCAUAAAAUGUUACUUUUUAGAAAAUUGUGUCCAAAGCCCAUUCCCUAUUAUUUCAUUAACAAUUCAGAAUCAUCCUCUGUGGUUUAUGAUGUAGAAUAUUUACAGUUUUUACCUGAAAAUUUUAAGCGCUUGGCACAUUGUAUCCUUCACAAAGUGCUCAUGACACAUUUUUUUCUUAAUUUUAACUUUGGAUUUUACACUGACUUGUAACUUAAGCCUAUUUGUGCAACAGUUUUUUUUUCUCAGCUAUAAACUGAACCUUCCUCAAGGCUUUAUUUUUUUAUUUGUAAAUUUUAUAGUCACUGUAUGCUGCUAACACUGUAGUGUUUGCAUCAUGUAAAUUGUUGGAAUGAAACAAUAUGCCUUUGUAAAUUGUUUGUGAUAUAAAACUUUAUUUAUGAUCACAUAAUGGUAGUAGAUAUUAUGUACAGUAGUGCAUUUAAGCAGGUUUGCCGUCAGAGGCAGCUUGAAAAACAACAUAAAGGGAAAUUAAGCUCAUCAUUUUUCAUUAGGAUUUUACCCAGAAAUGUGUGAUGAAUGACGUCAAGGUUUAUGGUAAAUGUAUUGCACCUGAUUAUUGUUACUUGUGCGUAAGACUGACGUGAGAGGUAUUGAUAAGAAAGAACUGUGAUGACUGUAACGUGUUUCAGUUUCCUGUGUCUGAUUUUCAGCCAUGAUAAUCUGCGCUCAGUACCCGACAGUGAUGCCAUUAAAAACACUGAAUGCAUGCA